AUGGCAGGAGGCGCCGAGCUGGGUGGCUACCGCAGCGGACACAACCCACGGGGCCACCAUGCCAAGUCCCGGCGGGGGCGGCCCCGCGCAGUCAGGGCGAGUGCUCUGGGCGUUUGUGCUGGCCACUUCAAAGUGCUCUGGGCGUUCCUGCUGGCCGCGGCGCGCUGGCUAGUGCGGCCCAAAGAGAAGAGCGUGGAGGACCAGGUGUGCCUCAUCACCAGCGCCGGCAGCGGCCUGGGCUGGCUCUUUGCUCUCCAGUUCGCCUGGCGCGGAGCGCUGCUGGUGCUCCGAAACAUCAACACGCAGAGCAAGGAGCAGACGGCGGGCAUGGUGCGCUACAUCUACUGGGAACUGGAGGCUGCUGACACCUUGGCGCUGCAAGCUGAGGAUGGCACUGAUAUAUUUAGAGGCUGCCGAAUCAGGAAAGAAAUCGAGCCUUUCCUGCCCCCUCUGAAGCCCCAUUACUAUGUGAAGCAGGCCAUGCAGGCCAUGAGAAUGUCAGUGAGACAUGCGGCUCAUGUGCAUCAUGACCUUCAUGAAUAG